AUGUUGAAUCUGCGACCAGGCUGGCGGUCAAAAGAACAAGUCUUUGCAGUGCGACUACGAGGCGUGCAUUCGAGACAGGGAAGGGAAGGGCGGAAGGCGGAGGGCGGAGGCGCUAGACAACAACACGUCGAACUGGAUGCUGGUACGUAUGUAGUAGGUACAUGCCCACGUCCAUCCAUCCACCCACACACGCCUACAUACAUAUGUACACACAUACACCUGUACCCGCCAUGUUCCUGGGCGACGCCAGCGCCAGUGACGCACAGGGCUCACCGUUCGAAACAACUGACCAGCACCAGCGAGGCCCACGCCAAUGCAAGAGGCACAAGCACAAGCACGAGCAUGACGGACGAGCAAUGGAGACGAGAGCGCCAGCCAGCCAGCCAGCCAGCCGAUCCAGUCCAAGUGUGCGAGGGAAAGGAUAAUUAUUAA